UGAGCCGUUACGUCAUCAGCGGGCGACGGGCCUGGCCUUUCCAUUCGCCGGGUGUCUCGGCGACUCCUGAGGGUCCAUGUGACCGGCUCCUAGUGCUUCUGGGCUGCCCCGGGAGGGGUCUAGCGGGGUCCAAGAAAUUCUCCCGAAGUCCGGGUGUUUCGGCGGACCCCCGGGGCCAUCGGAGAACUUCACAGCCCAGCGGAAACGCACACCGUGAAUCUUCCUGGGAACCACCCAGAUGUCACAUCACUUCUCGCCUCCAUGCCUCUGCUCUGUGUCGUGCCCCGCCAAUGCUGUUCCUCACUCAUCUGGCACAUUACUGCUACUACUCCUGCUACUGCUCCUCAGUUUUCCUUCUUAAUGUUAAACUGUUUCUCUCAGGACACAGUGAUGUGCUCUUCUGCUCAUACUCUAGUAUGGGGCAAAGUCCUGCAGGCGGAUCGGGCCUGGUGCUUGUUUUUGGGUAGUCAGUGAACCAAGAAUGGUUUUUACAGAUGAACAUUUGCAGUCUAUUUGAUAGGAAACACUCACUUUGAACCUGAAACAUAAGGCAGAGUCACUAAAAUUAUUUCUAACAUCAGUUUCAGACUACUUACUUUUGGAUAACAGUCUAAUUGUAUGAAACUAUGGCUGGUUAUAAGCCUGUAGCUAUUCAGACAUACCCUAUACUUGGUGAAAAAAUCACCCAGGAUACACUGUACUGGAACAACUAUAAGACCCCUGUUCAGAUCAAGGAGUUUGGCGCAGUGUCAAAAGUAGACUUUUCUCCACAGCCUCCAUAUAAUUAUGCUGUCACAGCUUCUUCAAGGAUUCACAUUUAUGGCCGAUACUCCCAGGAACCUAUAAAAACGUUUUCCCGAUUUAAAGACACAGCUUACUGUGCUACUUAUCGACAGGAUGGUAGAUUGCUUGUGGCUGGCAGUGAAGAUGGUGGAGUUCAGCUUUUUGAUAUAACUGGGAGGGCUCCCCUCAGGCAGUUUGAAGGCCAUACUAAAGCAGUCCAUACAGUAGAUUUUACAGCUGACAAAUAUCAUGUGGUCUCUGGGGCUGAUGAUUAUACAGUUAAAUUAUGGGAUAUUCCAAACUCCAAAGAAAUUCUGACAUUCAAAGAACAUUCUGAUUAUGUGAGGUGUGGAUGUGCUAGCAAGCUGAACCCAGAUCUCUUUGUAACAGGGUCAUAUGAUCAUACUGUGAAGAUGUUUGAUACACGAACAAACAAGAGUGUUAUCUCAGUAGAGCAUGGUCAGCCAGUGGAAAGUGUCCUGCUUUUUCCCUCUGGAGGUCUUCUGGUAUCAGCAGGAGGCCGUUAUGUUAAAGUCUGGGACAUGCUAAAAGGAGGACAGUUGCUAGUGUCUUUGAAAAAUCAUCAUAAAACUGUAACAUGUUUAUGUCUGAGCAGCUCUGGACAGAGGUUACUCUCUGGUUCACUGGAUAGGAAGGUGAAAGUAUAUAGCACAACUUCCUACAAAGUAGUCCACAGUUUUGAUUAUGCAGCUUCAAUUUUGAGUCUUGCACUUGCACAUGAAGAUGAGACAAUAGUUGUAGGAAUGACCAAUGGAAUACUGAGUGUUAAACAUCGGAAAUCGGAAGCGAAGAAGGAUUCUUUUCCCAGAAGAAGAAGGCCUGCAUAUCGAACUUUUAUUAAAGGGAAAAAUUAUAUGAAGCAAAAGGAUGACAUUUUGAUUAACAGGCCAUCAAAAAAACACCUAGAAUUGUAUGACAGGGAUCUGAAAAAUUUCCGGAUCUCCAAAGCACUUGACAGAGUCCUUGAGCCCAGUUGUACAAUCAAGACACCUGAGAUUACAGUUUCCAUCAUAAAGGAACUCAAUCGAAGAGGAGUUCUUGCAAAUGCCCUUGCAGGUCGGGAUGAAAAGGAAAUCAGUCGUGUUCUUAAUUUUUUGAUAAGGAAUCUGUCUCAGCCGAGAUUUGCUUCUGUUUUGAUCAAUGCUGCUGAAAUAGUUAUUGAUAUAUAUCUGCCGGUAAUUGGUCAGUCGCCUGUAGUUGAUAAAAAGUUUUUGUUACUUCAAGGACUUGUAGAAAAAGAGAUUGAUUACCAAAAAGAACUGCUAGAAACCCUGGGGAUGAUGGAUAUGCUUUUUGCUACCAUGACAAGGAAAGAAAGCACUCCUGCAUCUGAUGGACUUCCAGAAAACAGGAUAGAGUCCUAGUGGCUGCUUAAUAAGACACAGGACUGCUAACUUGGGAUAGAAUUGAUUCUAUUAACUAUUGGAAAGAAAAUCUGAUGCGAUAAAAAAACUAUUUACAGAAGCAAUUUUAUGGAAGAGACUGGAAUAACUAUGAUUGGAAAAUAAGUAUCUGGUUUGUGACAUGGUUUUCCAUGUAAUAGUUUGAAUUAUUUCGUGGCAUCUUUGUCUAGAAGAUCUCAACUGUCUUGAUUAUAGUGCAUGUCCACCAUGGACAAGUUGAUACUAGUUUUAAUGCAGCAAAGUUCUGUACCAGCAUUUGGAUAGGCAUUCAGAACUGUGGAUAUAGUUUCCAUUGGAAUCAUGCCAAAGACACGGAUUUAUUUAUUUUUUACCCAUUCCUGGAAGAAAAUAAAACAAAUGGCUGCAACAAAUAAAUUACUUCUUUAAUCAGUCCCCUUGGAUUUUCCAGGCCCUGCCGAGCUUGCCGCCUUCUUGACAUCACUUACCGCAGGUCAGAUGCUCUCCUGUAGCUGGUAAUAGGCCUGGAGCUGUUCCAAGUGGGCAAAUCAAUGGCCAGCUCUGAAUAAUGACACUUAGUUAGACAUGCAUUCAGAGGCAGUGAUGAGGCAAAUUCGAUACCCAGAAAUUGUGCUCUUCACCCAGGUUUUCUUUUUAUUUUUUUAAUCUUGACUGCCCUCAUCAGAGCAAUGUCUACAGAGAGGCCUUAUUAGGACCAUGUUUUUAUUAAUUCCCCUUAGUAAACAGCCUUUCUACCAAGUUUUCAACUUGCUUCAGGUCAGUGGAAUGAGAAAAUUUGCCAUUUCUCUUACAAUAAAUAGCCUUUCAGCCUUUUAUAUGUUUGGAAUUUAUAUUGUAGCUACCUAAGUCUCUGGAAACAAUUUUCUCUCAUCUGUAUUUGGAUUUUUUUCUUUUUUAAUAAUUCUUUAUUGUUGAAAGUAUUACACAUGUCUCCUUUUUUACCCCAAUGACCCCCUCCAGCCUACCCCUGCCCUCACCCUAGGCCUUCAUCACCCAAUUGUUCGUGUCCAUGGGUUAUUGGAUUUUUUUUCUUUACACAGUCAUGUUUCAGAACUCCAAGCCAGAGUAGCUUGCUUUGGAAAAUAGCUGUAUUUUUUUAAAGUUCAGUAUAAAUCACAUUUUAAAAUAAAGAGAUUCUUAUUUUU